CACAGCAGCUGGCAUGGCUGCUUGACUGACAGACAACAACAGUACAAACUGAGUACUGACCAAGUCAAAGUUUAGCUGUAGAGUUCCAGUGAGCUGAACUGGUAAAGAAAGAUAAGCAGGGAAGAAGUUUGAUUCACUCAUUCAAGAUCUAUUUCCGGGGAGGACAAGAGUUUGGUUUUGGGCCUCAUCAUGAAAAGCCUGGAUCUGUUCCUGCUGGCAUGUUGCUUAUACAGCCUGAGCACAUUGGGAGGUGCAACUGAAUCAGAGAAUACUCUGAUGAAGAGCCUCUUUUCCAAAUACAACCUUAAGGUCCGACCAGCUCGUACCCCUGAAGAGAGGGUGGUGGUUCGCGUGGGCAUGAUCCUCACAUCCUUCGUCGGACUGAAUAUGAAAAAUGAAGAAAUGAGCACCACUGUUGUCAUGAAUCUGGAAUGGACAGAUUAUCGGUUGUCAUGGAAACCGAAGGAGCACAAUGGGAUUCAGGUGCUACGCAUCCCCUCUGGGAAGGUUUGGCUUCCUGACAUCGUCCUCAUCAAUAAUAAUGAUGGACAGUUUGAUGUGGCCCUGCACGUCCAUGUUCAGGUUUACAGUAAUGGCAGGGUAACCUGGACUCCCCCUGCUCUGUACUGCAGUUCCUGUGGAGUCAAGGUAACAUAUUUCCCAUUCGACUGGCAGAACUGCACCAUGCAGUUUCGCUCUUACACAUAUGACUCAACAGAAAUCGACCUGCAGUAUGCCCUGAAUUCAAAAGGCAAGGAGAUUCGGGAGAUCCAGCUGGACGAGUCUUUCAGUGAGAGUGGUGAGUGGUACGUAAGACACAAGCCAAGCAGGAAGAACACAUUUGAUGACGAAUAUGAGGAAAUGACUUUUUACCUGAUCAUCGAGAGGAAGCCUCUGUACUACAUCAUCAACAUCAUCAUCCCUUGCAUCCUGAUUACUAUCAUCGCCAUCUUCAACUUCUAUCUGCCUCCCGAUGCAGGUGAGAAGAUGGGUUUGUCAAUCAAUGUGCUGCUCACCCUCACCGUGUUCCUGCUGCUGCUGGCUGAUAAGAUCCCCGAGACCUCGCUGGGUGUUCCCAUCAUCGUCAACUACAUCAUGUUUACCAUGGUCCUGGUCACAUUCUCUGUCAUCCUCAGUGUGGUUGUGCUCAACCUCCACCAUCGCUCUCCCAACACCCACAUGAUGCCAAUGUGGGUCCGCAAGAUCUUCAUCCACAUGCUCCCUCCUUACCUGGGCAUGCUGCGGCCAAAGGUGGAGACCCCCCUGUCUCUGGAGACCGUACCCCGCCGGGAAAAAAAAGUCACUGCAAUUAGCAUAGCUUCUGACGAAUACUUCAUCCGGAAACCUGACUCUUCCAUUUUAUUUCCCAAACCCAACAGGUACCAGCCGGAUGGCAUAUGCACAGACCUGAGGAAGUUCAUUGAUGGCCCCAGUAGCUACCUUGCACUACCUGAUGAGCUCAAGUCAGCCAUAGAGGCCAUCACAUACAUAGCCGAGGCUCUGCAGGCUGAAAAAGACUAUGAAGCGCUGAAAGAAGAUUGGCAAUAUGUGGCAAUGGUGGUGGACCGGAUGUUCCUGUGGAUUUUCGUCGUUUUCACCACUGUGGGCACGCUGGCCAUCUUCGCUGAUGCUAGCUUCAACCAUACCCCUACGGACCCCUUCAAGCCCUUCUGAAGCACAGGGGUGUCUGAUUUUCAUGAGCCAUGUUGCUGGAAGUUAUGAAUCCCUUGAUGUACAUGUAGAGGAAGACAAUUGUAACUGUUAAAAUAAGUACAGUUUCCAAUGCAUUGGCUCAUCACAAAACACACAAUGCAUAUGUCCCAGUCUUUUUAAAUUAUAGCUGUACUAGUACUUAAAGGGCCAGUAACUGACAAACCAUAUGGAUUUUAUGGUGUUCUUUUUAGAUUUGUCGAAUUUUAAACUUUUACUGUGUUUGUUGCAUUUGGGAGAAAAGCUUUCAAAACCCCAAAUUCAUAUAAUGUACCUUGCAAAACUACGAUUAGGGUUAUAAGUUAGGAUUAAAUAAGGUCUAUGGUCUAGAUAACCCCAACCCUAGCUCCAUUCAAUAUGCAAUUUUUGUGUUUAUAUAAUUGCUUUCCAAGUUUUCUCAUUAUAGAAACAAAGACAAUAAUCGGACACACAGAAUUCAAAAACAGCUGAAAAAAAACCCCAAACAGUUUUGGCUUCAACCAAAAUAAAUGUCUAGGUUUCCACUGUAAGGACUUGGAUACCAGAAAGUUAACAGGGUUACACUCUGUUGCAGACAUGGACACACCCAUCAUCCUAUGGUGAAAUUUAGUUAAUUUGGGCUUUAGCAGACUCAAAGACGCGACUAUAAAGGGGCGAUAAUUUUCAUCGAUGCUGACUCUACCUGACUCAACCAGAAUUUGUAAAAGAAAACAAAGAAAAUAACAAUUCUGAUGUACAUCACAUGGAAAACUACUUACAUUUCACAAGUCUCCAAACUAUUUAGUCAGGGUAGGUUUACCUCAGAAGAUUAAUCUAGCCCAAACCCUUCUCCUAAUUCCAGAUGUGUUGCCAGUGACAGUUUGUAUGUUAAAAAUUUAAAAUAAUUAAAAUAACAAAAAAUAAUAAAUGCAUUGAUGAAAUUGCAUGAAAUGUAACUACUAAACCAAUGUUAGCGUACCUUACAUGCGUAUAAAUGCUACAAUAUAAA